GAAUCGAAUCGUCAAUCGGAUAAUUGCUAGAGAGUGCACUUUGGAUUGGGUAAAGAAAGGUACGUAUGUAUGUGUGUAUGUAUGCUAUGAUGUGUUAAUAUAUGUUGUUUCAUGGGAAGAGAGACUGAUUAACUAAGUAGGAAGAUUGUGCUUCAGCUUUCUCGAGUGUUGUGUUGUGUUUUUGAAGUGAGAGAUUAAAGUCUAGUUCAGUCUUGUGCUGUUAUAGAUUGAUUGAAAAGGUUGAUUGAUUGAUUCGAGAAAGAGAAAGAGAAAAAGGGAAUAUUGUACUUUUACUUCCAAAUUCAAAUUCAAAGAAACGACCCGAGAGAAAAGAAAAUAUUACAACAUCUGACACAACACAAGAUAGAUAUAUCCGACCCUUCCUCGACUAUCCUCGACUAUCCUCAAAUUCCAAAUUCAAACACGAUAAAGCUGAAUAUGCUUCCUCGAGCAGUCCCUCCAUAUCCAGGCCCCUUAUCCAUGACGCCCGAACAACAUUAUGAGUUGGUGGAGGCGCAGGCGCUGAUUACGGAGGAGGGCGAUCGCAUUUUGUUCGAGGAGGAUAUUACGCUGAAUGUGGAUUUUGGGACCAGGGUUGAGGAGAGACAUUUUGAGGGGUGUGUGUGUGUGGUUUGUAAGGAGGUGGAGAGGGGGAUGGGGGGGAGAACGUCGGUUACUGGGGGGGUGGAGGGGGAGUGUGCGGAAUGUGUUUGUGCUGAUGAGGAGAGAGAUGGUGAUGAUGAUGAUGAUGAUAAUGAUGAUGAUAAUGAUCACGAUGGAGAAUCUCUAUUUAUCGGCACGGGAGAGAUGUCACAAGUGAAGAUAUCCAAACCUCUAAGUCCAGAAUUGCACAGAAUGCGCAGAAGAAAACAAGCCGGCUCUAGCACAGCGAGCAUCUCGACCGUCUCGAGUAUGUCAACCACUCAUGCGGAUGAGUGGAAAAAGCGCAAUGCAUCUCUGGAGCACGAUGACGAGUACCAAGUGAGCGAAAUGGAUAGUUCUGAUGAAACUGAAAAUAAUUCCUCGGGUGUCACCACUGCUUACUCGCAUGCGCCGGUUCCAUCAUCUAGUUCUGGAGAUGAUGUUCUGCGCGAAAGAGGAAUGACUGCUGGUCAAGAGGAAGAGUUGCACGCGACUUGGAAUUCGCAGGUCAAGGAUAAGAAGUGCUGGUCUAAUAAGGUUGGAGGUGGCGUAGCACGAAGUCUUUCCAAGAGAAGUCUAUCGAUCGGUAGAAGCAGAGACAAAGAAAGAGGAAGAGGCAGCGACGGCAGUGCAGGUUCUAGAACAGGCAAGGUAUGGCAUUUUGCUCGGAGUCUCAGCAGACGGAGUGAUAACUCAGGUCAUUCAUCGCGGACGAUCCAGCCUGCAAAAGACGACCAUACCAUGCUUGGAGCGCAAAUGGAUGGGAGUGGAUACCAAGACCACUAUUCAUCUUUCGAGGAAGAAGAAAAUCCAAACAUGAGUUUCCAAGGUGACGAAGAUAUCAUGGAACCGCGAGAUGGCGCCCGACCAUUCAUCGGCCCGCGCCGCAAUCCCGAAAUCCACGAUUUCCCCAGAUUCGACCCCGCCCAGUUUACCCCGAGCAAGAGUGCGCGUGUGGCUUCCGAUAGUGUGAGGAGAAGAUCGGGUUCGGAAUCUGACGUUUCGACGCUGGGUCCGCACGCAGCGCGCUCGAGAUCGCGCUCGAGAUCUCCUUCUCUGCGUUCCCGUCAUUAUAGUUCCCGCGGCUCCUUCUCGCUCAAUUGGGAUAACAUUUCUUCCGAUACCGUGUAUCACAAGCAUGCGCGACGAUUCUAUCAGAAUCCCGCGGCGUAUGGCGCGGAGAUCCCCGGGUAUAAUCCCGAGACAGAUGAUCCAUAUUUGGCUUAUGAUCGGUAUCGGGAAGUGAGUGAGUGGGCGGAUAGUACUGAGGAAGCAGAUCCCGAUCAUGUUGUUGCGUUGACGACGAGAGAAUUGAAGAGAUUGUGUGGAGCGGAGAUUCGGAUUCCUUUCGAUUUUAUUCCGGAAGGGUAUGUGAAUCCUCCUGCUUCCAAGGCGGGAAGUGUGGUUGGUGAUGAUGAGGAUGCUGUUACGACUAUGGAGAUGGAAGAAGAUGAUGAAGAGCGGGGACCGGGACCGCAACCGAGUCAUAAAAAUCUGGUUGAUCUUCUGGGGAUGCCGGGAUGGGCUCAUGAGUGGGAAGAUAUGACGAAGAUGCAGAGACAUUUUCAUAUUGUUGCAGCGGGAGAUUGGAGAAUGGGCCCGGUGUUUGAUGUGAAGAGUAAUUAUUCGGAUUAUUUUGGAGUGCCGUUGUUUGAACUGAAUGAUGUGGGUCUGGAUGGGGUUAAUAGGAGAGAGGUGCGUGGAUUGGAGAUUCCGGACUUGAAGGAAUUAGAGUUGAGAUUUAGAUUGGAGGGCUGUGAGGGAGAGGAUGGUGGGUGUGAGGAGAGAGAUCAACGGAGAUGUUCUGACGAGGAUGUCAAAGCUGGAAGCCCGACGGAAUACGACAGUGAUGGGUUUCUAUACGAUGAUGAUAAACAGGGAGAGGUUACAGGAAAUUUCGAUCCAACAGAAUCCACAGGUUCCGAGGCAGAUCGAUUCUCUCGCCGUCCUUCUGACGUGUCUCUGAGUAAUAGAUCUGGCGAUGGAUCAGAUGGAGAUUAUGCAGGUUCGAUUGUCGAAGGAUAUGGCAUCACUGAUGAUCGUCGCACUGGCGCCAACAUCAACCCACGCAUCGAUGAUACUUUUCGAGGACGCAUGGCACGGGGCUACACCCUCAAUAGCAGAUUCGGUCAAGACACAUUUGCGCCCUCCAAUGCAGAUAGUGUCAUCAGCGAAGAACCAUACGAUACCGACGACGACGAAGACUACGAAAGCGAUGAUGGAGUAUCCGCCAACUAUUCUUUCGGCAAUUCCUCAUACCAUGGCACGGAGUGUCAAGAAGAUUACGCAAUCGGUACAUCGAAAUUCGCACCCCAUGCAUUCCAACUCUAUCCUCCCUACGAAGCAGCGAAUGAUUGUACGACGAUUGGUAUCGCACCUUCAGAAAUACAAAAUACGCGUCCUUCGUCCUGGGAUGCGGAUUUCAUGGAGGAUAUACUCGGCUAUUCCGUGCACGAAGAAAAUCGCAAACCCCAUGAUCCGACUGCGGAAAUGGUAAUCAUGAGUUAUUUAGACCCCGUUCCCCAAUCGAGAAGAUCUUCAAUCGGUGCGAAAUCGAGAUCGAGAUCUUCGUCAGGUUCACUGACACCGGUUCCGUCGCCUACAAAGUCGACUAGAACCACUCGAUCUUUCGUUCCUUCGGUGAAAUCGCUCUCCCGAUCUUUCGCUAGGAAUAGACCUCUCCCCCCAACACCAGAAGACGCAUCAUGCAAAACCUUCUCAAAAUACGAGUUGAAGAGCGUAAGCUCCCUCCGCAAACCCUCCCUCUCCACCGCCAACAUCGCCAAACUCAACAAGCACAAAGAGAAAUCCUCCCUCCCCAAACCCACUCACCCCCAAAACCCCACCUCCAAAAGCAAAAGCAUCCGCUCCAAAACCACCCUCUCGAAAAUCUCCACCAAAUCCAAACCCAAACACAAACCCAUCCUACGUCUCAAACCGCGCAAAUCCAAGAAUCCCGCCCCACCCCGCUCCACCUCCUCCAGCGACUCCAACACCUCCUACGUCGAUCUCACGCGUUGCGGAUCCGCGUACGCGGUGCCCCCCGCCCAAUCCCUAAUUCUGUAUCUCCACGGCCGCGGAUUGGGCGCGGACCAUAUUGCGUUUCUGAUGCAGUCGCUGGACGAGAAAUUUUUGUACGAUUCGAACUCGAAUUGGUGGCCGCUGGAUCCUUUGUCUUCUGUUUCUGCUUCUGCGGUGGCACCGAUUCGUUAUCUGCAUUCGAAAAUUACUACACUUCCUAAUGUACCACUCUGUGCUGAUUCCUCCCCCACUCCUCCUCCGCCCCAAACCAACAUCGCACCCAUUCGAUUCCCGCCACACACACUCUUCACGCCCACCACGGUCUCGCAAAUCCUGCAAAGAUGCCGAAGAGAAGCGGAGUGGUGGGAGCCGGCCGACGCGCGAGAUCCGGAUGGGAAAAUACUCCCGCCGAGUUUCCGAUUGUUGAAAAAGGGGAUGCGGGUUCGGAAGGCGAGGGGGCUGGUUAGGAAGACGGUGGAGAAUUUUUUGUGGUGGAGGAUCGGUGGGGGGGUGGGCGUGGGUGUGCCGCAUGGGAAUUUGAUGAGGGGGUAGGGGGUGGUGGGGGAGGGAUGGGAGGUGGGAAGAGGAGAUUUUGGUAGAGGGAAAAUUGGCGUGAUGUGAUAUCA